AUGGAUCGUCGCCGGCAACACUGCGUGCAGCUCGCCCGUCCGAAAAGUGAUUCGUCGUCGGCAAAUAAUACGAAGCCGACGAGGCAGCAGCCCAAUGACGACGAUGCUGCACACUUGCUCAUCAGCAUGUGCCCUUCCCUCUAUCUCGCAGUCUACAGCGGGAGGACGGAGGAGGUCAUGGAGGAGCUGCUUCUCCAUCAAAAGGGCGCCGCGAGAGAUCAUGGCAAAGCUGCUGCUGGCAUUCGUCAUGAACAGUGCGACAUACUCGAAGUGAGCGCGGAGAGGAACACUGUUCCCCACGUGGCAGCGGAGAAAGGCCAUGACGAGCUGAUCCAGGAGCUCUACCACAGGUUCAGGGAGCAUGGCCUCCUCCUGUCUCACCGCAACACGGCGCUGGACACGCCGCUGCACUGCACGGCGAGGGCGGGGCACGUCAGGGCCGUCCCGGGACUGCGGCGAGAGCAUCCUAGGAUGCAGAAACGAGGCCGGCGACACGGCCCUGCACCUGUCCGCAAGGCACGGAUACGACAUGGUGGUGGAGGCCCUGGUGUCGGCGGCGGCAGGACCGGUGGCUGA